AUGGUCUCUCACAAUAUUAAGUUACAAGAAGAGACUAGAAACAAUCAGAAAAACACCACCACCUAUAUGAAAAAUCUUGAAGUUCAUAUGGGUCAGAUAGCACAACAAUUGGCCUCAAGUUCUCAAGCUCCGGGUACCUUGCCUAGUGGCACAAUGACAAAUCCUCGUGAGCAUAAUAAUGUUAACAUUGUGGUGACCAGAAGUUGUAAGGCUACUGAGAAACCAGAAGAAAAAAUUGAAGAAGAAGAUGGGUUGUUGGAAGUCGAGUUAGAAAUUAAAGAACCGAAGAAAACGAAGAAGGAUGUUAUGAUAAUGCCUAUAGUUGAGAAGGAGAAGGAAAAAAAUGUCAAGCCAAUUAUUAAACUUCCUUACCCCCUGAGACAAAAGAAGAAAGAUCAACAUGAGAAGAAUUUUGAGAAUUUUUUGGAGAUGUUUAAGAAACUUGGUAUGAAAAUUCCUGUGAAGAAGAAAGAUAGGGGUUAUGUUACUAUUCCUUGCACUAUUGGUGAUAGAAAAUUCAAGAAGGCUCUGAUUGAUUUGGGAGCUAGUGUGAGUUUGAUGUCGCUGUCCAUUUACAAAAAAUUGGGCCUUGGCACCGUUCAAGACACUAGGAUGACUCUUCAGUUUGUUGAUCGCUCAGUUAGGCAACCUUAUGGAAUUAUGGAAGAUGUUCUGGUAAAGAUAGAUAAAUUUAUGUUUUUGGUUGACUUUGUCAUUCUUGAAAUUCAUAAAGAUGAGGAGAUCCCUCUCAUAUUGAGCAGACCAUUUUUAGAAACAGGAAGGUGUAUGAUAGACAUAGAGGAAGGAACAAUGACUCUCAAAGUCUAUGAUGAAGAAUUAAAAAUUGAUAUUCGGAACACUAUGUAA